AUGAUCACUCCGUUUUUCACAAUCACCCAAACUGGCGAAUUCAUCUAUAUAGACGUCAAGAUCUCGCACAUACGAUUCAGUGCUCCCAACAUCGAAAUGACCGUCAACAAUGAGCUCUUCAUCUUCUCGCUACCGCCAUACUACCUCAGAUUGAGACUACCCUAUCCUUGCGUCGACGAUGAGCGCGCCCAUGCUGAAUUUGACUCCAAGUCGGAAUGCGUCAAGAUCAAAAUCCCAAAAGAAAUCAAGGGCCAAUUUUUCCCCGACUUGGACUUGACUGCCAAAUUGUUGGCACGUGCUAAUGAGCCGGGACAAGUGCAGCUGCAGGACGUUUCGGCGCUGGCAAAGCCCAUGAUUGAGGAAUUGGAUGUUCGAAAUGAGGUACUGUAUGACCAAGAUCUUGAGGAAGGUGAGACUUUCGAUUGGGAAGUCAAGCAGGAAGUACCGAGAAACCCAGCUUUGUCAAUCGGUAGAAAUGAUGAUGAUGAUGGCCAGGACGAGAGUUCGUUGCUCCUCGCGCCUAGAGAGUUGAAAUACGGCUUCAAUAACCAAUACGACGGUAUAAUUGGCGUUUCUGUAUCAAACGGGAAUGAUAUAAAUGGGCUCGGUGACCCAGAGGCUACCCCGCAAACGGACCGGGUUAUCGAGAGAUUGAUCAAGGAAAAUAUCCAAUUCGACCCCGAGAUCUACGCUGCCGAUUACGUCCUGGAGAAAUACCCCAGUGAGGAUGACGACAAGGGAUUUACAGAGCUACUUGCAUGGAAAAACCCAUUGGUUCAAAAAUUCUUAAAAUGGUACAAGUCACAGCAGCAGCUAUCAGAAGCUGAGCGGGCCGCGGUUAUGCCAGUUGAGUUCACCACUAAGGAACAAGAGCAAAUGAUGAACUUGCCUCGCAAAACGUACUUGAUUGAUGAUGAAUACAAACCAACGUUGCUCCUCACCAUGAUCUGCUUGCUCUUUGCCUAUGAAUUCGAUGCAAGGGAGACCGAGGGUGAGCACAACAUUGAGAGUGCUUGGACAAUUGGCAAGAUUGCUCCUCAGUUUGCCUUUCUAGAUGCAAAAUUGGUGGCAAAUGACUCGCAAAACAAAUUGAGGGCAGCCGUCAUCACGUGCAUAAGAAGAUCGUUGACGUUUCCGUACCACAGAAGCUUUGCUUUGUCUAAAAAGGUCUGGGAUGAUGUCUACUAUAUUUUGCGCGGCGGAAAGAGACUUGUUUUGAAAGCGCUCCUCGACUUGAAGGAGCUUUUCAGGUUUCAUGACAUCUAUUACGUUUAUGAUAAAAUAUGGAUGGAGGACUUGUGUGCGUAUUUGGUGAGUGAUAAUGUGAGCGAGGGCGCAAUACGGAAUUUGGCGCAUGACUUGAAGAAGGAGGUUGCAAAUGUUAGCGAGUUGGAUAUCACAUUUGAGAAAAGCGGAGCUCUGGCUACUGGCGAUGGUGAUGACAUUAUGGGAGAUGAUGCCACACCUUUGGAAAAUGAGGAUGAAAUGGUGGUAUUAUCGCUCAAAGAUAUUCAAGACAUGGUUGAAUCCCUGUAUCAAAGUUUCAGUGAAAACAAUAACAACAGCAGCUAA